UACAGUUUUCAAUAACCCACCACACGUAACACAAGGAAAUUGUAGUCGCGAAGACCGGUGUACAUUUUUUUAUAAAUACAUAUGUGUAUUAGAUAAAACCUUUGCGCGUAAUGCAGGGACACUUCACUGGCGAAGAUCUGUACAAUCUAUUGCCUAGUGGUGUUUUAAAAAUAACAAAAAAAAAACAAUUUUGGAUAUUAAAGGAGUAAAAUAAUGUUCUUAAAAAGCAACAUUUUUUUACUGUUCCUGAUUAUGAGUCAUAAGUUUAAUUUCUGCUCACCACAAUACGAAAUAUCAAUAAACAGCAAAGAAUAUGGUAUUGAUAAAUACAGUCAAACCGACACAAUACCCAUAGGUUUAAUUACUGAUCAAUUCAGUAAAGCUAUGGGUACAAUAUUUGAGCAUGCUAUUAACGUGGCCAAUGCAGAAAUAAAAGUACCAUUGCGUGUCAUUAAAGAGGAGGUGGCUUAUGGCGAUUCGUUUCAAGCUUAUGGCACAUUAUGCAAACUACUUCAGUAUGGGGUAGCAGGAAUUUUUGGUCCAUCAUCACGACACACUGCUAAACACUUAACCCCGAUUUGCGAUGCUAAAGAUGUGCCCUACUUUUUUUCAGAAAUGACCGAGACCUCAGAGGCCUUUAACUUGUACCCAAAUCCCUUGGAUUUUUCAAAGGCUUUGUUUUUAUUACUGACUGCGUAUGAAUGGUCAAGUUUUAUAUUUCUCUAUGAAUCUGUUGAAUACCUGAAUAUACUUAAUGGCCUCAUGUCACUAUAUGGCAAUAAUAGCCCCACUAUAACCGUUUUACGAUAUGAUAUGGAAAUGAACAAUAAUUAUAAAUCUGUUUUGAGACGUGUGAGAAAAUCUGAGGACAACCGCAUCGUCGUAGUUGGCUCUACAGACACAAUGCCGGAGUUCUUGAAACAAGCUCAACAAGUUGGAAUUAUAAAUGAGGACUACAUGUAUAUUAUAGGCAACCUAGACUUUCACUCCUUUGAUCUCGAAGAAUAUAAAUACUCGGAAGCGAAUAUAACAAGUUUCAGAAUGUUUUCCCCAGAUAACUACAUUGUAAAAGAAAUCCUGGAUAAAAUGGGUCACAAGUAUACCUCAGAAAUUUUGAGAAAUGGAUCCUGUCCUAUAACACUGAACAUGGCUUUAUCAUACGACUCGGUUCAACUGUUUGCGGAAACUACCAAAUAUCUACCAGUUCGAAACGCGCCCUUGAACUGUAGUGACCGCAGUGAAAGUGUAUUGGAUCAUGGUUCCACAUUUAAAAAUUACAUGAGAACGCUUCAUAUGCAAGAGCGAACUAUAACUGGUGAAAUUUACUUUGAAGGAAACGUCCGGAAAGGUUAUUCUUUAGAUAUAAUUGAACUACAUCCAUCUGGGAUUGUUAAAAUCGGAACAUGGAAUGACAUUUCAAACCUCACAAUACUACGUGUAUCCCAAACAAGUUCUGGCGUCGAUAACCGUGAUAACUCCCUGGUUAAUAAAACCUUUAUCGUAUUGUUAAAUGUACCGAACGAGCCCUACGCUAGUUUGAAGGAAAGUUUCGUUAAACUAGAAGGAAACAGUCAGUAUGAAGGCUAUGGAGUUGACCUUAUUGAAACCCUUGCAGAAAAACUUGGAUUCAAUUUCAUUUUCAAAGAUGGUGGGAGUGAUUAUGGAUCAUAUAAUAGUACAACAAAUACAUCUACAGGGAUGUUAAAAGAAAUUAGGGAAGGACGCGCGCACUUGGCUAUAACGGAUUUGACAAUCACAGCAGCUCGACAACAGGGUGUCGAUUUCUCCAUACCUUUCAUGAAUUUAGGAAUAGCAAUCAUACAUCUAAAGCCACAAAAAGCAGCCCAAGCAUUCUUCACAUUUAUGGAUCCUUUUUCCAGAGAAGUGUGGUGGCUUUUAGGACUAUCCUUCCUCCUAGUUUCAUUCAGCUUCUUUAUUUUGGGACGUUUGUCGCCAUCUGAAUGGGACAACCCUCACCCAUGUAUUGAGGAGCCCACUGAAUUAGUUAAUCAAUUUACUAUAGGUAAUUCGUUGUGGUUUACUACGGGUGCACUUUUGCAGCAAGGCUCUGAAAUGGAACCAAAAGCCAUUUCGACACGAACAGUUGCCUCAAUAUGGUGGUUUUUCACUUUACUUAUGGUUUCAUCUUAUACGGCAAACCUAGCAUCCUUUUUAACUAUUGAAAAGACAACCAGCCUUAUAGAUUCUAUAGACGAUCUAGUUGAAAAUAAACAUGGAGUCGUAUAUGGUGCUAAAAAAGAUGGUUCAACGAGGGAAUUUUUCGAGAAAUCAGAGGAUCCACGCCAUAAAAUAAUGAACAAAUUUAUGAAUGACCAUCCUGAAUAUUUAACUAAUGACAAUACGGCUGGUAUAAAGCGUGUCGACAAAGGCUAUGCUUUUUUAAUGGAAUCUACUUCCAUUGAAUACAACACGAUGCGAUUAUGUAAUUUGAGUAAAAUUGGGGAUACGUUGGAUGAAAAAGGGUACGGCAUAGCGAUGAUAAAAAAUUGGCCUUACCGUGACAAAUUCAAUAAUGCACUCCUUCAACUGCAAGAACAAGGAGCAUUAGAGAAGCUCAAAAACAAAUGGUGGAAAGAAAUGGGUGCAGGUAUUUGUACUUCCAGUCAGCAACGAAGUGAGGAUACCGAGUUGAAAAUGAAGAAUUUAAUAGGUAUUUACAUAGUUCUGAUUGUCGGAAGCGGUCUUGCAUUUAUUUAUGGCAUAAUUAGUUGGAUUUGUUAUAUUCUAAGAAAGUCGAAAAAUGAUGGCGUACCCGUAAAAAAAGUCUUAAUAGAAGAGCUCAAGUUCGCUUUAGAUUUCAAUAGUCACACAAGAAUUCUAAAGAAUACGAUUUCUAUAUACUCUCAUAAACGGAACGAUUCCUUCCCUUUUGCAUCUGAAACGGAAAUCAAACAAUAACCAAGAAUAUAUAUCUUUGUAUUUAUUAUAUUAAUUUUAUUAUUUGAAAUUUAUAUAAAACUUAUUAUAAAACGU